AAGAUAAUCCCUAAAAUUUUUACGUUUCUCACUCUCUCGGAAUUCGGUUCUCAUUAUCGGUCACAUCGUUCUUGACGGUUUCUCCGAUCAUAGCAAAUGAUUUCUUCUGAUUGAUCGGUUGUUUCAGUCUGAGUUUAAUCUAUCCACGAGCGAUCGAAUUGUGCGAUAAGUUCUCUCCUGGUCUCUGUUGGCAUCGAGAAUCGAGAUGAGUUCGAUCAAUGGAUUGGGUCGCGAAGGGCCAGCACCAGUUGUGGAAGAUGAAAUCACUUCGUUCUUUGGUUCUGCUCCUCCUUUGAAGGAUUCGGAGAAGAUCUUCGAGAAGUUGAAUCGGUUCAUCGAGCUGAAUUCUUCGCCACAAGCAGGAGGAGAUGGCGGUGAGAGGAGGAUUGUGUGUGUGACUUCAGGUGGAACCACUGUUCCUCUGGAGCAGCGGUGCGUGCGUUACAUCGAUAACUUCAGCUCCGGUAACAGAGGUGCUGCAUCGACCGAAUAUUUCGUGAAGGCUGGUUAUGCUGUGAUAUUUUUGUACAGGAGAGGAACUUGCCAACCAUACUGCCGAUCUCUUCCUGACGACCCGUUUCUUGAAUGCUUUGAGUUCCCGGAUGGGUCAGACAUUCAAGUGCGCUCAUCUCAUUCUGAAGCUGUGAAGAGAGCUGUUAGGGAUCAGCAAGCUGCGGUAGCAGAAAGUCGCUUAUUAAAGCUUCCUUUCACAAACAUAUUUGAAUAUCUUCAGACGCUGCAACUGAUAGGAACCGCAUUGAAGGAUCUCGGUCCUGAUGCCAUGUUUUAUCUUGCUGCUGCAGUUUCCGACUUUUAUGUGCCAUGGAAUAGCAUGACAGAGCACAAGAUUCAAUCGGGAGCUGGUCCUUUGGACAUAAGACUUGCCCAAGUCCCGAAAAUGCUUUGGGUCUUGAGAACGAAGUGGGCUCCUAGUGCCUUCUGCAUAUCAUUCAAGCUUGAGACAGACUCGAAGAUUCUGUUAGAAAAGGCCGGAAUGGCUCUCCGGAAGUACAAGGUGCAUGCGGUAGUAGCCAACGAGCUACUAACCCGUAAGGAAGAAGUGGUAGUUGUUUCAACAGACGGCAAUGUUCUGGUCAGGCGGGACACCGAUAAGCCAGGCUCUGAUGUGGAAGAUCCCCUCAUCCGCCUUAUCAUGGACCGACACUCAGCAUACAUCAAAGAAUCACAUACAUAAGUCCUCUGCGUCAAGGUAAAAAACUGAGGCAAAUGGUUAUAAUACACAGCAGAAAUAACCAGAGGACUAGAAGAUGGAAACUCUGGUACCAUUACACUUUCUAUAUCUGGUCGGUAGAUGAAGUCUUGUCAUGUGGGCACUGAUGGUUCAAUAGAAUUUCUCUGAAUUCUCAUGUAAACGUAGGAGAGAUCAGUAGAUUACAUGUUGGUAAUCGAUGUCUGUUUCUCUUUCCCAGACAAAACCUGUAGAAAAACUUAAGACCCAAUACAGCAUCUACAGUUGAAUCU